UCCUGUUAAAACCGCCUGAAAAUACAUGAAAAUGAAAAAGUAUUUCACGAUGUGUACUGUAAAAUAGGCUACUAUGUCAAAAGGUGGAGAUAUUUGUAUGAGUACCGUAAAGACUGGCGAUUCAGGUCACGGCCCAGAUUUAUACAAAAUUCUAGCUGAAAGACAUUAUUGAACAUUUACACUAAUAAUGUCUGAUUACUUAGCAUAUGUGCCUACAUAAAAGGUUAUAAUGGCAAUAUACAUUAUUACAUUAUUAAGCAAAACUUUUCCAUGUAUAAUAUAAAAUCAUCGAGGAUCAUCGUAUCAGGUCCGCUUCCUACCUACCGACGAGGGAAUGAAAAGUUCAGUAGACUAUUUGCGCUAAAUAAAUGGUUGAUGUCAUGGUGUAUUGAACAGAAGCUGCUCUUUGUUAAUAAUUUUGAUCUGUUCUGGGAGCGACCUAGGCUCUUCCGCCCUGACGGCCUGCACCCCAGCAGCAUCGGAGCGGUUCUUCUGUCUGACAACACCUCAAAGACGCUCCGCACCGUUUGACUACGUCUCCCACCGGUGCUUUUCAGUUGCCACUGCACCCCGUGUGACAUCAAAGAGCUGCUGUGUUCCUCCUCCAACAUCCCCAGAAACACGGCCAUUAUGAUGGUGGACCCUGAAGGUGCUCUUGUAUCGAUCGAUCCCACAAUGCCCACCAACACCCCCAACUCCCUGUACAAAGUUGUUCCGGUGUCCACUGGCCAGCUGGGGGAAAAGGAGGAUAUGUUUCAGAAUGUGCUCUCGCAGGUAGCAGAGCAGUUCAGCAGAGCAUUCAGGAUUAAUGAACUGAAAACUGAGGUGACCAAUCGGCUGGCUAUGCUGGAGAAGAGAGUAGAGUUGGAGGGGUUGAAGGUUGUGGAGAUUGAAAAGUGCAAAAACGACUUAAAGAAGCUCCGAGAUGAGAUGACGUCCAGAGCUGGAGGAAGAGUGAUUUGUCCGUGCAAGUACAAUUUUUCCGACGAUGGAAAGAAGUUAACCCCUAGACGUGAUGUCCCGAACUACCCCAAGUACACACUUUCUCAGGAGACCAUUGAAGCGCUGAAGAAACCAACCUUUGAUGUUUGGCAUUGGGAGCACAAUGAAAUGCUGAGCUGCCUGGAGUACAUGUAUCAUGACUUAGGCCUUGUGAAGGAGUUUAACAUGAACCCAAUCACUCUCAAACGCUGGCUGCUGGCCAUUCAAGAGAAUUAUCGCAGCAACCCCUUCCAUAAUUUCCGUCAUUGUUUCUGCGUUAGUCAGAUGAUGUACGGCAUGAUCCACCUCUGCAACCUCCAGGAAAAGCUCACGCUGACUGAUCUGGGCAUUUUAAUGACUGCUGCAGUGUGUCACGACUUGGACCACCCCGGAUACAACAACACGUACCAAAUCAAUGCCCGCACUGACUUGGCCGUGCGCUACAAUGACAUCUCACCCCUGGAGAACCAUCACUGCGCUGUGUCCUUCCAGAUACUCUUAUUGCCCGAGUGUAACAUUUUCGCAAACGUGGACCCAGAAGCCUUUAAACAGAUGAGACGGGCUAUUAUCACACUGAUUUUGGCCACGGACAUGGCCAGGCAUGGCGAGAUUCUGGACUCUUUUAAGCAUAAAGUUGACAAUUUCGACUUCACCAAUGAGGAGCAUGUGACUUGCAUGAAGAUGGUGCUCAUCAAGUGCUGUGACAUCUCCAAUGAAGUCAGGCCUACAGAGGUGGCAGAGCCGUGGGUGGACUGUCUGCUGGAGGAAUACUUCAUGCAGAGUGAUAGAGAGAAAACAGAGGGGCUUCCUGUGGCUCCCUUUAUGGACAGAGAUAAAGUGACCAAACCUACGGCUCAGAUCGGCUUCAUUAAGUUCGUCCUCAUCCCCAUGUUUGAAACGGUCAUGAAGCUCUUCCCUCAGAUCGAGGAGAUAAUGGUACUGCCUCUCAGAGACUCACGCGACCAUUACGAGGAGCUGAAGCAAAUUGAUGAUGCCAUGACCGAGGCACAGAAGAAAAAAACAGAAAAUAUGUCCUUAGGAGGGAAGAAGAAAUAAGCACGGGUGCCAGCUGAAUAUUACUGUAGGUCUCAUUUUUUGGACCUUGGCACUGUAUGAACAGCUCCAGCAGUGAGAGUUCAGAUGCUGGGCUGCUGUUGAAGAUGGCUGGUUCGCCCACUGAACCCAAAGGGUCCCCUGAUCAACUCAGGAGUUGCUUCCUUUGGCCAACAGACUACUUUUCCGGUCUGAUUAUUCCUUAGCAAACUGAUAUGGGCAAAUAUUUGUUUUUCUGGUUGUGUUUGAUGUUUGAUUUUUGGUCCUUCAUAGAUGAAUGAGAAAAUCUCUUAUCGGUUGCAUGUAGUAUGUAGGCAUCUGAAAGGUUUGUGGUCCCAAAGUAAUUACAAUACCAGGUUACAGCGUGACGUAUAGCUUUUGAGAAUUAACUAGUGCCUUUGAAAUGUGUUGUGAUUGUUAUCGGAUGUCAGCACAAUAUGAUACUGUUCCUUUUUCAGCUUAUUCUCAGUAGAGGUUCUUAGGGCUCAUUUGUAGAUGGGUUUUUGUGGUGAGCACAAUACCACUAUUAACCAUAAUAUCAGCCUUUAUGGAUACAGGAGAACUCUCUUAGAAAUUUUACUCACAUACUUUCCAAAUUAAAUUCCGUUGAUCAUUAUUUGUGAUGAUUACUAUGGAAACCAGUUCAUUUUUGCCAUAAACAUGUCUGUAAAGAAUGAUACGGAUAGGAUGGAGAAUUAAAGUUCAACCAAUUAUUUAAAUCCUUAUCUUUAUGUUGAUCCAAACCUGUAUGUUUCAGGACAAAAGUCAUACUAAUGUAUAGCUUUUAAAUAAUUUUUGUUUUAUGGCUGCUUACACACAUUUUCGGUUCUCUUUUUUUUAAUAAUUUUAUUUUAAAAAAACUACGAGGAUGAAUAAAUAACUCAGAUAAAUAUAGAAGCAAAGACUCAUGCAGGUGAACCGUAUACCUUUAAUCCUUCUUUUUUUAAUCCUUCUUUUGAUACUCCGAGUGUAUGUUUUAUUGAGUCAUACCUGCUAACCACAUUCAAUUAUUUCUUCCAUGUUCUCAUUCAUUUUCUGUUGCAUUCUCUGUAUCCUAUUUGCUCCGGAUUGUUUCUAAAGUUUCCUCCAAAUAGGACAAUAAAAUCUGUGGGAGUUCUGCCUCCUGGCUGUUCUUGAGCAAGGCCGU